AUGGCGGACAAGGCCCUCAACUCCACCUGCCAUUGCGGCGCCAUCACCGUGGUCAUGCCUCACCAACCAGAGGAGAUCAAUGAAUGCCAAUGUACAAUCUGUCGGCGCUACGCAGCCGCUUGGGCGUACUACAAAGUGAAUGAAGUCAAAAUUGACAUAAAAGAAGGCGCCAAGCUCUCUCAAUGCUAUUGGUGGCCACUCGAAGAAAAGAAGGCAGACGGUAGUAUAGCUGUCUUCGGCGUCAAUACGAGGAAUAUGGAUCCCAUGGAAAUUUUUCACGUCAACCGCAGGAUUGAAAAAGCUUGGCUGCUCCAGCCACUCAAGGAUAAAACCUUGGCGCAUGAGCAGGAUCAGGCCAGGUACUGA